AUGGCGCUCCGUGCCUCUAAGCAAGAGAUGGAUCACAGAGCAGGAGCUAUCAAUUUAACCAGUGGCAAAGAUGGAGUUGCAGGAUCGUGCAUAGAUGAUAAUCCCUGGGUGAAACUGGGGACAGUUAUGCUACAGAGAUGCCGACCUGAGGAAAAGGAGAACACAGGAAAUGAAAUUUUGAAAAUGUGCCGUUCUUUGUAUGACACAAAGCACAUGCUCCCUGUCAAGUGUAUAAAAGAAUUAUGUUUGCUGCUGCUUAACCAGUCCCUCCUGCUGCCAUCCUUGAAACUGCUGGUAGAAAGCAAAGAUCAAGAUCUUCACACUGUGGCACUGGAGCAGAUAACAGCUGUGGCUAAGGUUGAUGAUUCCAGUUGCGACGCUGAAAUACUUUCUUUGCUUCUCAAUGCCAAGUUAGUGGUGAAGUGCGUAUCUACUGCCUUCUAUCCUCGCCUUAUCGACCACUUACUGGCUAACCAGGGAGAAGGAGGCUGGGAUGUGGAGGAAAUAGCAAAACAACUUAAAGAAGCAGGGUUCAACGCAGAGGCCGGGUCCCUCCUGAUGUCUCACCGAGGUACUCAUCCUGCACUCAGGACUUUUACUACUGCCCUCCAGGCUAUCCAGCAUUGGAUCUAAAAAUGUUGGAUUUAUGCAUCUGUCUGCCUUUUUGCUGGAGACCUUACACAAAAGGGAAAAAUUGUUCUAGUGAAGUAACAAAGUUAGUUAUUACCUACAUUUUGUAGAAAAUACAAACAGCACACUUACAGUGAAUUCCCAUAUACUUCUAA